AUGAUAAAAAGAGCACUGAUCAUAAUAGCGCCAAUUCUGGAAGCUGGGGCCAAACUUAAGAAGAAGAAAGUGGUUGCCUGCAUUGACGACAAUCUGGACAUGGUCGAAUUCCUCGUCGAGAAUGGAGCGGACGUCAAUAGAGGCGACAACGAGGGUUGGACACCGCUUCACGCCACAGCCAGUUGCGGUUUUUUAUCCAUCGCAAAAUACCUUAUUGAAAAAGGCGCCAAUGUCGCCGCUGUCAAUAAUGAUGGCGAACUGGCGCUUGACAUUGCGGAAUGCUCGAAGAUGGAGGAUUUACUCAAGGAGGAAAUCGAAGAAAGAGGGAUUGAUUGUGAAGCAGCUCGAAACGAAGAGGAGAUGAUCAUGUUGAGGGAUGCCAAAGAUUGGUUAGCGACUAAAAGUUCCUUGGUGAAUGAACCACACCCCAAAAAUGGCUCUACAGCUCUGCAUGUGGCUGCAGCUAAAGGUUAUAUGGAUGUGUUAAAGUCCUUCGUCCCACCCGUAAGAGACGAAGAGAGUGAAACUCAAAGGAAGGCACAUGCUAAGCGAGUCCGUGAAACGCGUAGAUCCACACAGGGCGUCACGUUGGAGGAAAUCAAGUCAGCUUCAAAAUCGGCUGAGCAGUCGGUCAAGAAGCAGGGCCAGCCCACUAGCAAUGAAAAGCCGGGUUCUAAUGGUGAUUCGCCUAAUGGAGUGGUCGUUACUGCUACAAUAACAACAGGGACGCCUACGGUUAUAACUCGCGAAAAUGAAGAGCCACCUGUCGUGCAUGAACGCAGACCUUCUUGGAGACUGAAGGUGGACGGCUCGAGCAAGGUAAGACCAGACUGUUUGACGUAA